CCAAGAUCGAGACCAGAAUUAGCAGUGGCAUUACUAGGGGCCCAUUCUUUGGGCAGGACACAUCUUAAUGCUUCAGGGUACGAUGGGGCAUGGGACAAUACUGUUAACAGAAUUGAUACUUUAUAUUACAAGGAUAUUCUGAAGUUGGACUGGACACAACAGGAGAUGAAGAACACCAAGGGUGAUGUGAAAUUACAAUGGAACGGAAGCUUCUCCGGAUUUAACAGUGGGACAAUGAUGCUACAUGCUGAUUUAUGCCUCCGUAAAGUUUUGAGUCCAAUUAAGAAAAAUGGGACUUCAGCAUGCCCUUUCAUUAAAAACUGCCAAGAUCAGCCUGAGACUAUCAAGUAUGUGGAACUAUUUGCAGAGAACAUCACAGCGUGGGAGGAAAACUUCAAAGAAGCCUAUACUAAAAUGAUAACCACUGGGUACACUAAAUCGCAACUAUAUAUACCAGUUUAGAAUGAAAUUGUUAUGUAAGGCUGUAAUCAAAAUAUGAAUCCAC